AUGUAUCAUCGCGCCUGCAUCGAUCCCUGGCUUUUGAAGCACCGUAGUUGUCCUCUGUGCAAGCAAAACAUUCUUAUCGCCUGCGGUCUAUCUCUGGCCGAGGAGGACGUGACCUCAUGUUCUGCCACCACUAGUGAGGUCGACUCGGGUUCCUCUCUCUCCGCCACCUCCGCCUCUCCAUCUGCUUCCUCUAUCUCGGUGCCUCUUGAGGGUCUCUUCUGUCCCCUUCUAGUCCUCUUCAGCUGCCGUCGUCGUCGCCACCACCACCAUCAUUUCUAUCGAGACUUCCAACACGCUCGGCGGCCCAGUUCCUCCCUCGAUGACGCCUUAGCACCUUCUGGAGAUCGACGGGUGCUCGGUUCGGCGUCGGAGAACUCUUCCUCCUCCAUUACCGCAAGAUCUGUGCCCUCUGAUCUCUUCCAUACUUCUGCUAUUUCUCCCUCUGUCUUGGAGAAGGGCACACGGUUCCCUGCCGAGGAGUUCGACGAGGCAAAUGAGGAGGGAGAAUCAAUGGAGGAGGCAAUGGGGAGAAGAAGUCGUCGAAAUUUCAUUAGUUUUUGCUCCUGCUGUGGAGGUAAGAGCGUUAGAGUGGAGAAAGAGGUACCAGUAGAAAGGCUCCUACCACCACAGAUGAGCCCAUCGACCUGUGGUACUACUCUCCCUUCUGCCCUUAUGUACACACCACCUGUGGCGCAUCCUCCGGCUAUGAUCCUCUGUCAUCUCCCUCACUCAAUGGACCUCAACCAAAUUCCCAUGGGAACGAAGACCGCUUUGCCUUCAUAUGAACAGGAAAAUUUUCUCAUGCAGGCCACAGCAAUGAUGCCACGGGCGGCCUUUGUGGCGCUGCCAGCUUCUCCACCCGCGUAUCCGCAUCAGCCAGUUGCAGGUUGGAGCCCUCACUUCUCCACGGAGCCCAGACGGCAGGGGGUCGCUGGCCUCUUUGACCCGCCUCAACGCGCCCUCCCUGGUGCCAAAAGCAGCGUCGUUUACCCCGCGCUGUCCACCUCAGCAGCCAAGAUGAGUGCCAACAGUGGAGUCUCACCCGCACCGAUUCUUUGCUCCUCAAACAGUAAGUUGCCCAUCUUUGUAGAUGUGAACACCCCAAAGGUUAAGGAGGCCUUUGGGGGCCAGUGUCAGUGCCCUUUCCCGUCGCCGUCGCCUCCGCUUGUUCAGACUCGGGAAUCGUCCCCUCCGGCCUAUCCUUUAGCCACAGUUGCUGCUAGUGGGAAACCCACGGGGACCUCUUUGCAUCCACUUCGUCGAGUGGCCCGUCUCUUAGCAACACGUCUUCUUUCCUCACCCAUGAGCGAACAUCAACAGCUCCGUUAUCGCCACUAUACCUCCUUUCUUGGUAGCCUAAAAAACUAUCAACACCACUGGGAGUCCAAGCAUCGCUUAAAUCCUAGACCACGAUGCUUGUACGAGGCAUCGACGUCAGCAACGGCCAUAGGAACAGCCACGACAGCAGUGAUGAGUCGUCAUCAUCGUCUCCAUGGUUAUCAUCGUGUUGGUGUGCUGGCAAAAACGCUGGAGUUGAACCACGAGGGCGUCAUUAUGUCCUCUAGGUCAACGACACCAUCAGCGAUUAUAGCAGGAUCGUCACCACUCCCGUUGUCCCAUUCGCCACUGCUGUCUGGGAGGACAGCGUCACAGCGGUGUACCCCUGCCUUGGUCUCCGAGUCCUCCAGUGAGAACACUCAUCGUGCUCCUCUUCGCCAUACUCGUGUGCAUAGUGUGCGUGUCACCGUCGAACCACAGGUGCAAUACCACACGGAACGAGACGCAGCGAGCUGUGAGGCGCUGCACAACGCGAAUCUACACAGCAUUGAAUCGGAGAACUCCCUGCCCCGAAUGAACUCCCUUCCCAUCUCAUUGAAGUCGUCAGUGUCUACUGGCGCCGAUGCCACCGCCACUGUAGCAGCAGUUGCCGCCUUCCUGUGGAGAUGCCACCCCUUCGGUUCAGCACCGGCGAUUUGUUCACCCAUCUCAUCCCUCACUAAGAAAAAUUCCUCCUCUUUACCCUCACUUUCUCUCUCACCACCUCCCUGA